AUGGGCCAGCUCGCCCAACCAUGGAUUGGUAUUGAGUGCAGUGGUGUUGUCUCGUCCAUUGGAAAGAAUGUCACCAGUCUCAAAGUCGGUCAGCGGGUCAUGGCUUUGCCUGAGGGUGCUUACUCGACCUAUGCCCGUUGCCGUGCCACCAGUGCCGCUCCCAUUCCAGAGGACAUGUCUUUCGAGGUUGGUGCCACUGUGCCAGUUGUGUUCUGCACAGCUUACUACGCUCUCGUUGACCUCGGCCACCUCGAGGCCGACGAGCGUGUUCUGAUCCAUGCCGGUGCAGGUGGUGUCGGCCAAGCAGCCAUCAUGCUAGCACAGAUGAUUGGCGCCGAGAUUUUCGUGACUGUUGGCAGCGUUGAGAAGAAGCACUUCCUCAUGACGCAAUACGGCCUUCCUGAAGAUCAUAUCCUCUACUCUCGUGACUCGUCCUUCGGUCGUGGCAUCAAGCGUGCUACCAAUGGCAAAGGUGUCGAUGUUGUAGUCAACUCUCUGGCGGGUGAUCUUCUCCGCGAGACCUGGGAGACCCUUGCUCCGUUUGGACGCUUCAUCGAGAUCGGCAAGGCUGAUAUCACCAAGAACACCCGUCUAGACAUGCUGCCAUUCGAGUAUAACGUUAGCUUUGCUUCCGUUGACUUGACCAAAGUUGCCCAGUACAAGCCGAAGCUGAUGAAGCGCCUUCUCGAUAACGUCUAUGAGCUUAUGUCCAAGGGCACUGUUUCUCCCAUCCUGCCUUUAACUACCUACCGGAUCUCCGAGCUCGAGACAGCUUUCCGUACUCUGCAGACCGGUAAGGCAAUGGGCAAGAUCGUGGUUGUUCCUCACAAGGAUGAUCAGGUUAAGGCCGUGGCAGCCAAGGUUGGCUCAUCCAUCCUCAAGGCCGACGCCUCCUAUAUCCUCAUUGGAGGUACCGGUGGUCUCGGACGAAGUAUGGCCAAAUGGAUGUCCUCAAAGGGCGCACGAAACAUUAUCCUUGUCUCCCGCAAUGCAUCAAUCAACGACAAAGUCCAAGCCCUUAUCGACGAGCUCGCCACCGUUGGCACCAAGAUCAGCGUCAAGCCUUGCGAUGUGGCCAGCGUCACCUCCGUCGACAGCCUCAUUCACGAUUUGAGGGGAUUCCCACCGAUCCGCGGUGUGGUCCAUGGUGCAAUGGUCCUUCGUGACAUGCUCUUCGAAAAUAUGACUCUGGAGGACUUCCAAGCAGUGGCAUCUAGCAAAGUCGAAGGCGCCUGGAACCUGCACCACGCCCUCCAUGACUCACCUCUGGACUUUUUCAUCGCACUUUCCUCCGUCGCCGGUGUAAUCGGUAACCGCGGCCAAGCAGCCUACGCCGCCGCCAACGUCUUCCUCGACGGUUUUAUGGAAUAUCGCCGCAGCCAAGGUCUCCCGGGAACCACAAUCGACCUGACCGCCGUCCGAGAUGUAGGUUACCUUGCCGAGGUCGAUGGGAAGCGCCAACAAGAAGUCCUCAAGAACAUUGGAACAGACGGCAUGGCCGAAGCCGAAGUCCUGGCCCUAUUUGCCGCCGCCAUAACAGGUAACCUCUCACAAUCUUGCUCAGGCCAAUGCAUCACCGGUCUCAGCCUCAAGGAUAGUUUAGACCACUUCUGGGCGCAGGACGCCAAGUUCAGUGGUCUAUAUGAAGCCGCGAAGGAGAAUCACAGAAGCAGCACUGGGUGCGACGGACCGUCUUUGCCAUUGAAUGUGCAGCUCGCCAAUGCAGCCUCAAAGGAGGAGGCACUGGGCAUUUGUUACGAGGCGCUAGCGGCGAAGUUGGCGCAGGUGCUUGUUCUCUCGUUGGAUGAUAUGGAUCCAACCAUUACGGUCGCGUCUCUUGGCUUGGACUCGUUGGUUGCCAUUGAGAUUAGGAAUUGGAUUGCGCGUGAAGCGAAUGCCAAUGUGCAGGUUUUGGAACUGCUCUCGAGUGGUUCGUUGAUGGCUCUGGCGGAGAUCAUUCUCAGUAAAUCCUCGACUUGA